AAUUUUUAAAAAAACGUGUUUUGGUUCCAUUGGGAGAGAAGAGAGAGAAAAAAUGUUUAGGAAAAACUAACCAAAUAAGACUUGAAUUAGUAUUAAUCUGAAGACAGCAUAUAUCCGCAUGCAUCCGAAAAUCUGUCUUACUUAAAAUUUUAUUAUUGGUCUUAAAAACGUAGUCUGAUAAAGAAACCAAAGAGGGUUUUAACAGCGGGAGAGAGGGAGAAGACGUAACUUUCAUUUUUAGGGCAAAAUUUUGUGUCGAUUCAGUCAGGCAAUGAAUCCGCUUACUCUUGUGAAACGAAUUCAGAAUAUUAAUGCCAAAGAGGCUACUUUAGGCAUUUCUGAAGAAGCUUCCUGGCACGCUAAGUAUAAAGAUUCCGCCUAUGUUUAUGUCGGAGGCAUUCCCUUCGAUCUUACCGAAGGUGAUCUUCUUGCCGUGUUUGCUCAAUAUGGGGAAAUUUUAGAUGUCAAUCUAGUUAGAGAUAAGGGGACUGGAAAAUCAAAAGGAUUUGCUUUUGUUGCGUAUGAAGACCAGAGAAGUACAAAUCUUGCUGUAGAUAAUUUAAAUGGAGCACAGGUUUUAGGUCGAACUAUUAGGGUUGAUCAUGUUACUAAGUACAAAAAGAAAGAAGAAGAAGAUGAAGAAACUGAGCAGAAGAAGAGGGAGGCACGAGGCGUUUGCCGGGCUUUCCAAAAGGGAGAAUGUACACGAGGUGCGGGAUGUAAAUUUUCUCAUGAUGAGAAGAGAGCUGCAAACACAGGUUGGGGCGAUAAGGACAAAGAGUCAAGGUGGGGCCAUGACAGGUUUGAUGGUCCAAAAACGGAUGAGAGAAGAUCCGGCAACAAUCCAUUUAGUCGCGGUGCAGAGCAUACAGUUCAAGAAGGCAAUAAAAGCUCAGGCUUUAGAGAACAGGCCAAGGAAACCAUAGAAAGGGAUUUUAAACAAAGCAAUAGGAGAGAGAAGAGACUGGGAAGUCAAUGUGAUGAUCAUGAUCUAAGAACAAAAGACCGUGAUAGCAGAGAAAGAAGUUCAAGAAGGCCUAAUGGUAAUGAUUAUGAACCAAAUUCAAGCGAAGAUAAUGAUAAGCGAGAGAAGAAGAGAUCAGGAAAGCAUGAUGACGAAGAAGUUUUGCUCAGGUCAAGAGGCCAUGAUAGGAAGGAGGAAAGAAGGCCAAGAGGGCAUGGUGAUGAUGUGCCAAAGACACGAAACAAUUUCGAUAGAAGAGAAGAAAAAAGAUCAAGAAGGGAUAGUGAUUACGAUUUUGAGCCAAGAUCAAGAGAGGAGCAGGAUGUUGGGGAGGAAAGGAGAAUGAGAAGGCACAAUGCUGAUGAUGUUCAAGUGAAGAUGAGAAGUUAUCAGGAUAAGAGGGAAGGAGAAAGAUCCAGAAGGCAUGAUUAUGAUGACAUUGAACCAACGAGAGCUAGGCGGGAUGAAAAGAGAUUAAGUAGGCCACAUAACAAGGAUCAGUUGGAGCCAAGGUUACACAAAGAAAAUGAAAGAGAUGACAAUAGAAGAUCAAGAACGAACAGGACAUAAAAUUACAAUCCUUCUUUAAAGGAUAUAACUGAGAUAAAAUGACAUUACCCGAUCCUGGUAAGAUUGCUUUCGUCACUGCAAUCCCCUGGCAACUGAUAAACUGAUUGGUUUAUUCGUCAAGAUGAUAAUUGUUUUUGGUGGGCUUAAGCGUGAGAAUCUUAAAUGCUUGCAUUGCUCUAUGCCUAAUGGCAAACUGUUGGUUAUCUUGACAACAAUCAUUAAAUUUUUGUGGUUGAAUAUUGAACUGUUGGAAUUUGUUGUUCGGACUCGACUUGUAGAGUGCUGGACAACUAAAUUAAAUUAUGGCAUGCUUGCUUUUAGUGUGUGUGGUUCUCUUUUGCUUCCAUUCUUGUGUUUUAAACAUGAAAUUAAGGAAAAAGUAAGGAAUUUGUAGUGAUAUGUAAUUAUUAAUUAAAAAUAAAAAGAAAGAAAAGUAAACACACUUAUUAUCUUCUUUAAUUUUGUACGAUUCUUUAACCACACCAAGUGAUUUAUUGUGACCAGCUUGUCUCGCUGAUCAUUUGUACGUAUUAAUAGGUAAUAAUAAUAAGUACAUAUUUUAAAUGUCUAAAUUGCUAAUAUUUGUAUUUUUAGCCGGAUAGAUUAUGAGUAGAUUUAGCUCCACUGAUCGUAGGUGCUCCCUUAAAGAUUUCAAAACACAAUGGGUCGUGAACAAGUCUUUUAAACUUGAAGGUGCUCACAUGGUUUGUUCCACAAUAUCCAUUAUAUAACCAAUCAUCUUCAUUUUCGUAAUCUCUUUCUCCAAUUUAAAUCAUGAAGCGCUUACACAAACUAUGCAAUACAAAAGCAAAUGCAAAUGUGAAUAAGAAAUUACUUUAUUCCCAUUUCACUUUGACAACAACAAACCUGACCUUAGAAUAAAAUUAGAAUAGAUUGAAGUUCAACAAUAGACUAAUUAAUAGUAGUUGCUUCCAAUGAUACUAUUGAUCAGUUUUCCAAUAGCAGUAAAUGAAGAUCCACCUUCCUCAACAGAUUUUCUGGCCAUUUCACUCAUCUCUUUGACCUUCUUCCUUACCUCACUAUCACCCUCCAUAAGAUGUUUUACUGCAGUUUCAAUCUCUUCCGCCGAGACAAUAUGAUCAUCUCCACGAUCCUUGUAAUCCAAUCUUAAAUCAACAGCUAAGCCGAACUCCCUCACCAUCCUAAACGCGUUCAGUUGUUGCUCUGCAUAAAUAGGCCAUGUUGCAACUGGUACCCCAUACCACAAGCUCUCCAGUAUGGAAUUCCAGCCACAGUGAGACAGAAAGCCGCCCACAGCACUGUGAGCCAAGACUUUCACCUGAGGCGCCCACUCGUUGCAUAUCAUCCCCUUACUUCCAAUCUGUUCCAAGAAUCCUUCUGGCAAGAUUUCGUCUAUGGUUGUUGGUUGUUGAACUCGUACAGACCACAAGAAUCUAUGGCCACUGCGUUUGAGUCCAGAUGCUAUCUCUCUCAAUUGGGAAGCACCAAAUCUUCCCAUACUACCAAAACAGAGAAACACUACAGAAGAGUGAGGUUGCUCAUCAAGCCAUUUCAAGAUUUUAUCAUUCUGAACUUGAUCCAUACUUGGGUGAGGCUGACCGUUGAGGUCAAGUACUGGUCCAACCAUGUAGAUUGGAGGUGUUUCCCCAUCAUUCAUCGAGCUAAAACUAUAAGACUCCAAUUCCUCAAACGAAUUUACUAUAAUCCCUUUUGUCUCCCUAAACCUUUGAGCAAGCUUAACAUAAGCAGAAUAGCCACCAUCUUUGCAAAAUGCAGCCGUGGGAAGAACGCUUGAAGGAACAGGAUUUUGAAAACCCUGCAAUCUUAACGGAGCAUCUGAUUCUUCCAACUCAGAGCUGAUCUGGUUAUGGCGAGUUGCAAGGUAGAACAUGAGACUAAGAAAUCCCAAGUUGGAAGUCAUGAACAUAUAAGAAGGGAGGCCGAGCUCAUUGGCCACAUCCAUCAUAGGCAUGCAGAAGAAAUCAAGAACCAAUACAACAUCACCUUGAGAGUAAUUGGAGUUAGAUGACACAAUAUCUGUGAGUGCUUUUCUGACAUGAGGAACAAGACUCUCCAUGUAUAGAUAGAUAAAGUUUUCUAUGGACUUGAGUAGCUCCAUGGGAGGUGAGUCAACCAGAGGGAGAUGAAGGAGUUUGAUUCGGUGUACAAGAGAAAGUGAGGCCACAAUAGAAUCAAUGUAUGCAUCGAGAUGGGACUUAAAGGGAAACUUCAUGUAGAGGACUGUGAUGAAAAGUCGAUGAUCAUAGUGGAUCAAGCGCUUGGCGAAUUCAAGAGUUGAAACCAGGUGUCCUAUUCCUGGAGCUGGGAUGAACACCAAUUCUACCCUUGCCAUUGCUGUUUCUUGAAUCUUGAUGAUGAGUUGUGUUCUUCUUCUCCCUCUGCCGUUCCUAAUAUGAACUUAAAAUUGACCUAAUAUUUUAUUAUUCUUAUAUGCAUUGAACACACU